AUUGUAGCACAUUCUAUUAUUUGAUUGACCAUGGCACCAAAUAUUAUUGAAAUUUGUGUUGAUAAUUUUGAAUCAAUUGAACAAGCUGUAAAAGGUGGUGCCCGUCGAAUUGAAUUAUGUUCAUCAUUGAAAGAAGGAGGAUUGACACCAAGUUUUGGUUUUUUUAAAUACAUAAAACAAUCAAUUACCAAUGAAUUAAUUGUAUUUCCAAUGAUACGUCCACGUGGUGGUGAUUUCCAUUAUUCAUCGGAAGAAUUGAAAAUUAUGGCCAAUGAUAUUGAAUGUUUGAAAAAUAAUGGAGCUGAUGGAUUUGUAUUUGGUUGUCUUCGAUCGGAUGGUACUGUCGACAUUGAUGCAAAUCGUUUCCUGUUGGACAAAGCUAAACCACUUCCAUGUACAUUUCAUAGAGCAUUCGAUAUGACUGUAAACAUGGAACAAUCAUUGGAAGAUGUCAUUGGUUUAGGAUUCAAACGAAUAUUGACUAGUGGCCAAGCAUCGACAGCUGAAAAAGGUUUAGAAGUGAUUCAAAAAUUAGUUAAAUUAGCCAAUGGACGUAUUAUUAUUAUGCCCGGUUCUGGAAUUAAUCCCAACAAUUUGGCUACAAUAUUGAAGGCAACAAAUGUCCAAGAAUAUCAUUGUUCAGCAUCAAUUGUUUGUCAUUCGAAAAUGAUUUAUCGUAAUAAAUCGAUCAGUAUGGGAAAAGCUAAUGAUUCGGAAUUUGAAUGGAAAAUUUGUGAUUCAAAUAUAGUUAAACAGCUGAUUCAGAAUGCUUCACAGAUUUGAUUUAUUUGAUCAAUUUUUUUAAUAUAUUCAAAUAAAAUUAUUCAUUUCAUUCAUUCAA